CAAAAAAGCGAAUCAUAAAAGUCUAGUGGUUUUUUUUUCUCUGCUGUAGUAAUCACACGAGCCACACACUCUCCAGUGUGCAAUGGAAGUUCUUGAAAAAACGAAUUCCACCAAUCAAACCAAAAUCAAUGGCAACAAUCGAAUACCAACAUUAUCCUUUAUGUAUACGGAUAAAUCAUCGACAUCGUCGACGGAUCACGGCGACAUCGACGAGAAUAUGCACGACGAAUUGAAAAAUAUACAAUCAGUGAUGUGUCUGUGCCGUGAAAAUAUUGAUGCUUUAAACGAAAAGUUCGCGAAUUUACAAAAUCCACCGUCAAUGUAUAUCAAUGAGUAUCAGGAAUUGACAUCCAAAUUACAUGAAUUAGAAAUUAAGGAGCAUGAACUGAUGGAACGAUUGCAACAAAAUGAAAUUGAACCACCUGAUCACACGGAAUAUCAAGAAGAGACUGGCAGCAACUAUGGAACGUUAACACGACAACCGAAAAUAUUCCUUCGCGCUCAUCUACCAUAUCAACAGCGCACAUCGGUUCAGGUCAUACCCGGACUCCGUUUACGCGAUGCUUUACAGAAAGCAUUAAAGCGACGGAAUCUAACUUGCGACAUGUGCGAGGUGACUGUGUUCGGCAAUGACGUUCCCAUUGCCUGGGACACGGACAUCAGCUUGAUACAGGCGGAAGAAGUUUACGUUAAAGUUCUGGAAAAAGUUCGGAUCAUGACACACAUUUCACAUCAGUUCAUUAGGAAAACCUUUUUUUCGUUGGCGUUUUGUGAAUGCUGUCGUCGAUUACUGUUCACUGGUUUGUACUGCAACCAGUGCAAUUUUCGGUUUCAUCAACGGUGUGGCGAUAAAGUUCCGCCGCUGUGCCAUCAAAUCAACAUGGAUAGGUACUACCAACAGUUGUUGGCUCACAAUCCGGAGAGUUCGGCUGGUAUAUUGAAUCCUGGCAGUGGUUACGGUUAUCCACGACAUCCGAGAUCACUAAACCCGCACGAUCGGUCGAAUUCAGCGCCGAACGUGAAUAUAAAUAAUGUCAAACCAAUCGGAGAUCAAAGACUUGGGAUACCGAAAGGUGCACUGGUACGUCAGCCGGACACGUUUGCUGUAAAUUCCAUCAUUGAACCGUUGAUUAUUUUACAGGUUCAAUCAUCUGCGGAACAUUCGCAGUCAACACAGGCAUCACCAACAAAUACAUUGACUAGACACACGAAGCGACCAAGAGCCAAAUCGGCUGAUGAAAGUAAUAAGAAUCUGCUCUCGCCUAGAGAUCAAAAGUCAACGGAAGAGAAUUGGAUAAUAUUAGCUGACGAAAUUUUAAUCGGUCCCCGAAUCGGUGCUGGUUCCUUUGGUACGGUGUACAAAGCACUUUGGCACGGUCCCGUGGCCGUCAAAACGUUAAACGUUAAAACGCCGAAUCCCGCCCAAUUGCAAGCAUUCAAAAAUGAAGUUGCCAUGCUGAAGAAGACGCGUCACUGUAACAUUCUGCUGUUCAUGGGCUGUGUGAGCAAACCGUCGCUGGCUAUUGUGACUCAAUGGUGCGAGGGCAGCAGUCUGUACAAGCAUAUCCAUGUGAACGAAACGAAAUUCAAAUUGAACACGCUGAUCGACAUUGGCAGACAGGUGGCUCAGGGAAUGGACUAUUUGCAUGCAAAAAAUAUCAUCCAUCGAGACUUGAAGACAAAUAAUAUUUUUCUACACGAGGAUUUAACUGUAAAGAUUGGCGACUUCGGUCUGGCCACUGCGAAGGCAAGGUGGUCGGGCGAGAAGGCAGCGAAUCAACCGACCGGUAGUAUACUGUGGAUGGCACCCGAAGUGAUUCGAAUGGAAGAGCAAAAUCCGUACUCAUUCCAAUCGGACGUGUACGCAUUCGGUAUCGUCAUGUACGAAUUGCUCAGCGAACAACUGCCCUACAAUCACAUCAACAACAAGGAUCAAAUUCUGUUCAUGGUCGGCCGUGGACUUCUUCGGCCCGACAUAUCGAAGGUGCGAUCGGAUUGUCCGCAAGCACUGAAACGAUUGGCCGAAGAUUGCAUCAAAUUCAAUCGGGAUGAACGGCCACUGUUCCGAUUGAUAUUGAAUAUGCUGGAGAAUAUGCUCCGCACGUUGCCGAAAAUCCAUCGUAGUGCCAGUGAACCAAAUUUAACGCAAACUCAAUUACAAAGUGACGAUUUCCUGUACAUGUGCUCGAGUCCCAAGACGCCGGUCAAUUUUCACAAUUUUCAAUUUUACAAUGGCGGCGGAAAUAUUUAGCAAUUGAAUGUGGGACCGGUGGACCGUUUGGUGGUCACAUUUCAAUGUUUUAUUUAUUGAUCUCAAAAUCAGUUGCAUGUAACUGUUAUAAUAGCC